AUGAUAUCAAGUAGUUUCUACGAAUAUAUCGCUAGAGAGAGCAUUGAUUCAGAUCUUAUAUGCUUACUUUGCCAUAAUCCUUUUAUUGAUCCAAUUGUGACUCAAUGUGGCUAUACUUAUUGCCGCCUAUGUAUUGAAACAUAUAUGAGAAGUGGUCCCAACUGCCCGUCGCAGUUGUGUAAUCAAUUAUUGAACACUGAUCAUUUGAUACCAAACCCUCCAUUGCGCAAUUUCAUCUCAAUUCUCGAUAAACUUAAAGUCCGAUGCCAGCUUUGUGAGAAAACAAAUAUAAAUAGAGGAACCUUUGAUGAACAUAUAAAGACAAGCUGUUCUGAAUAUCUAAUAGAUUGUCCAGGGAAGAAUAUUGGAUGCCAAUGGCUUGGACCGAGGAACGAACAUAAUGAACACACGAAAACGUGUUUAUUCGAAAAUUUAAGACCAAUGGUCGAUAUCUUGUAUAGGGUUAUUGAAAACCAAAGUUUGGGUAUAGAAAAGCUCCAAAAACAAACAGAACAGCAAACGACAGAAAUCGGACAACUAAAUACUCAAGUUGACCAGCAAAAGGCUCACCUUGAACGACAAGCGGCAGAACUCGGACAACAAAAGAUUCAAGUUGACCAGCAAAAGUCUCAGCUUGAACAGCUAACGACAAAAGUCAGACAACUAAAUACUCAGGUUGAAGAGCACAAGACUCAAUUUGAACAACAAAAGACAGAAUCUAAACAACAAAAUAUUCAACUUGAUAAGCAAGAGACUCAACGUGAACAACUAAAAGCUCAAUUACAACAGCAACAGACUCAAAUUGACGACAUUCAAUCAGAAAAUCAAACCCAAAAGAGUGAAACAGUAUCUAUUCGUAAGCAAAUUACAACGCUUGAGGAAGAAAUGAACAAAGUGAGAAGCGCAAUACAUCAGCUCAGUAAGUAG